AUGUGCAGCAUCAAACAUAUACAUGCGACAACAAAGGAAGAACUUAAAGAAGCUUUGUCUGUUGCUCAACAUGAGCAAAUGGACUGUAUGAUUGAAAUUGAGAGUUCCAUUGAUGCCAAUGCCAGUUUCCACAGGAUUGCACUCGAAGCUCCACCAACAUCAGCAGUUGUGAGUGAUAGUUGUAAGGAAUUCUAUAGAGAAGGAUUUAUUUUAUCUUUAGUGCUGGAAGAUGGAAGUGUUGGCUAUGGUGAGGUUGCACCUAUAGACAUCCACAGGGAAAAUCUGGUAGAUGCUGAAUAUCAACUUAGGUUUCUUAUCCAUGUUAUGGAACAGGUUGAUGUUAGUUGCUUCCUCUCUCUAUUGAAGGGUUCAUUUUCAUAUUGGAUAUGGCAUGAGUUGGGCAUCAUGCCAUCUUCUAUUUUACCGAGUGUCAGAUGUGGUUUGGAAAUGGCUAUUCUCAAUGCCAUUGCUGAUGCAAAAGACUCCAACAUGCUGAACAUACUCCAUCCCUCAAUAAAGGAGAAAAACAAAAGUGAAAAGUCAUUAAAUGUUCAGAUUUGUGCAUUAAUUGAUUCAAAUGGAUCUCCCACUGAAGUUGCUAAUGUUGCUGCCAAACUAAUUGAGGAAGGAUUUUCUGCAAUUAAGCUGAAGGUAGCACGUCGGGGUGAUCCAAUGCAUGAUGCAGCAAUAAUACAAGAAGUGAGAAAGAUAGUUGGUAGCCAGAUUAUCAUCCGUGCAGAUGCUAAUCGAAGCUGGACUUAUGAAGAGGCAAUGAUAUUCAGCUCUUUGGUUAAGGAUUGUAACCUACAGUAUAUUGAGGAGCCUGUUCAGGAUGAGGAUAAUAUUCUCAAGUUUUGUGAAGAAAGCGGCUUAUCUGUUGCCCUAGAUGAAACCAUAGAUAAUAUUCAAGAAAAUCCCAUGGAAAAGCUAGUGAAGUUUACUCAUCCAGCCAUAGCUGCUGUUUUAUAUUACCUAACUGCAAUAUCUGUUGCCCUAGAUCAAACCAUAGAUAAUAUUCAAGAAAAUCCCAUGGAUAAGCUAGUGAAGUUUACUCAUCCAGCCAUAGCUGCUGUUUUAUAUUACCAAACUGCAAUAUCUGUUGCCCUAGAUCAAACCAUAGAUAAUAUUCAAGAAAAUCCCAUGGAAAAGCUAGUGAAGUUUACUCAUCCAGCCAUAGCUGCUGUUGUUAUUAAACCAAGUGUUGUCGGUGGCUUUGAGAAUGCAGCAUUAAUUGCUCAAUGGGCGUACCAUAUGGGGAAGAUGGCCGUUGUAAGUGCUGCAUUUGAAAGCAGCCUUAGUCUUUCUGCAUAUACUCAGUUUUCUAGUUAUCUUGAAAUGCUGAGUUUAAGUACAUUCAAAGUGUUAGAUAAUGUGGCAGCACCUACUGUAGCACAUGGUCUUGGAACCUACCGUUGGCUUAAGGAAGAUGUAACAGCUAAUCCUCUUUUGAUAUGUCGUAAUCCACAUAGUGGUUUUGUUGAAGCAUCUGUGGCAAAUGCUAGUCGACUGGUACAUGAUUUUCAAGUCAACCAGAAAGUUGUCUCUUAUGUUAUUGUUGAGGAGCAAGUUCGUCAGUACCAAUAUAAAGUAGAGCUUGACAAUGUAUCUUGUUCUUUUGAAGUUCGUGAGACUGGCCUUAAAACAAACCACAUACAUAGAAAUUACAAGAAGAUAAUUGCACCGGAUACAGCUGCCAUUGUGACUGCUGAUAGCGUACUGGUAUUUCUUCAUGGUUUUCUUGGAACUGGUAAAGACUGGAUUAGUAUCAUGAAGACCUUUUCUGGAUCAGCCAAGUGCAUUUCUGUCGACCUUCCUGGUCAUGGAAAAUCGAUAUUACAUGGCGUAAAGGGUGUUGGUGAGGAGGAACCAGAGUUGUCACUAGAGACAAUUGCUGAUAUAUUGCAUAAAUUAAUUCAUCACAUAGCUCCAGCAAAAGUUACACUAGUUGGGUAUUCAAUGGGCGCAAGGAUUGCAUUGUUUAUGGCUCUCAAAUUUGGCACAAAGAUAAAGGGUGCGGUAUUAAUAUCUGGAAGCCCUGGAUUAAAUGAUAAAUUAUCAAGAAAAAUUCGUGCUGCUAAAGAUGAUUCUAGAGCACUCACAGUCAUUGCAAAUGGUUUAGAACUUUUUGUCAGUUCCUGGUAUGCUGGAGAACUGUGGAAAAGCUUAAGAAGUCAUCCCCAUUUCAAUCGAAUCAUUGCUAGUCGCUUGCAGCAUGAUGACGUGCUGAAUCUGGCACAGAUGUUGUCUGGAUUAAGCAUAGGAAGGCAUCGGUCAAUGUGGGAAGAUUUGCAAAAUUGUAGAGUACCUCUUCUUAUCAUUCAUGGAGAAACGGAUACAAAAUUCAGAAAUAUCGCUCGAAAAAUGAUGAAAACAUUGUGCUCUGGCUUGGGGAGUAAUUAUGAAGAAGGGAAUGACAUACAUGAGGUUGUUGAGAUUCCCAGCUGUGGCCAUGCCGCUCAUUUGGAGAAUCCUCUUCCUAUCAUUGCUGCCAUUGCACGAUUCCUGACAAGACUAUGA